CAUCCCUUCAGCUCCCGGGCAACACAUUAUACAAGUACCAUGUUGGGUUCCUGCUGCAACAACUGUAACUGAUAAAUUAAGGCAGAUAUUCAUUGGUGGAACACACCAGCUGACUCAGACAGACAUUGUUAAUUUAGGAAGCGAUAGGUUUAAGCUAAACACUCAAUCAAAAGGAGAUAUAAAAUUAAAAAUCUUCAUUAUUUUAAGAAAUUUUAACCAGUUCGGUGUAGAAUAUAAGUGAUAAAAUGAAGCCUAUCACCUACCUGUGCUUUACACUACUAUCGUUAGCUAUACAAUUCUGUCUAAUGGAUUUUAUAAAUGGAAAAGUGGGAAUUGACACUGCAAUUGAUUCAAACAGCACUAUUGCCAAGAAUUUGAGUAACAUGUUCAGAAAUAUAAAACAGACGCCACAUGCUCUUUACUAUCGCACAGAGAAGGCUAAAUUCCAGAUCAUAAAUAAGUCAACAAUUAAGUACAAUAAUGGUUCUAUAACUGAAGCCCCUCUAUCGAGCACAACAGAGUUAGCAAGCACAGUAUUCGAUUUGCUGUAUGAUGAGAGUGUGUCUGUGACAGACGAUGAGAGUGAAUCAGCAACGGAAACAUUUUCUACUACAGAGUUAGAUAAUGUGACUGAAAUCAGUUUUUUUGAUAAAAAAUCUUCACCCGAUAAACCAAGUGAGAUACCAAAGAAAAUAAGUACAAAUGAAUGUUACUGUAAUCUUUUGUACAAAAUUUGUGAUAUUAAUUGCUGUUGCGAUAACGAUUGUUCGGAUCUGGAGAAGAGUCUGUCAAAGGAUUGUGAAGAAAUCGGAAAAGAAAAGUGUGAGCUCCGUAAUAAAGAGUUUUUGAGUAUGUGUUCCUCUCAAUUUGUGUGUAAUAAAGAGUUACAGAGCGAUAUAUUUGGAUAUCUUUUUUGUAUUGGAAAAGUUAACUUGCCUGAAAAACGGAAAACUAACGAAAAUAAUAUGCUUCAUACUUUGGAUAUUGACAACCGUUUACAAUGGCACAUCACUAAGAAAAAAAGAAAAAAUAUUAAGUUUUCAAAAGCUGUAUACAUUAUUGGCCAGCCAUUAUGGUUGUUGACAAAUAACAGUGUUGAAGCUUUAGAAGUCCCGAUUACCGUAACUAAUGACUACUGCAAUGGUGAAAAAGCAGUCAAAUAUCUGACAAAUGAAUACAUUAAAUGUUAUGUGAGAUUGAAGGAUCUUCACAUGUUGGACAUUAUUAAGAGAUCCGAGAGAACAAAAAUUGCGAGCGCCAAAGAAAGUACAAUAAACAGUCCAAAAAUGAAUUGCACUACACUACAUUGCACUAACUGGACCCUUCUUGUUUGUGACGAACAUAAAUGUACAGAAUACAUCCAUGAAUUGCAUGAACCGUCUUGCACAGACAGCUAUUGCAAUAACAUUGGCGUCAAAAUUGAAUAUGAAUUCUAUUGCAAUGUAUCUUUGAUAAUAAAAGCGAUUGUUAAAUUCCACAUCCGAACAAUCUCUAUGGCCCUUGAGUUUGUUACUCAGGAAGUAACUGUCAACUUUUUUAUGGGAAAUAACUCGAUCGAUAAAAUCGUAAAAUUCAGUGGAAACCCUGGUUAUAUCAGAGGUCUACCGAUCAUAGUAUCACUAUUCGAAAGCAACCACACGGAAAACUUUUACAAUAACAGUCUUGGAAGAAGUAAUCUUGUAUUGCCCUACAACAAAGGCGGAGGAUGUGUUGUCACAAAUCUGACACAUAAUAUUUUAAAGUUUGGGCAUAAUAAAAGAAUAAGCUGCAGAGCACAUUUUGCACAUAAUUUAACUAUACACAAUGGCACAGAUGGAUGCUUGAAUAUUCAGGCCAAAAUUGAUGAGUUAUAUGGACUCAGUCCAAAUAUAUUUAUUUCUCCAUAUGGAAACCCACAAGAUAUUAGCGAUGAAAAAUGGAUAAGUCUGCAAAAAUUUGAUAAAAGCAACAUUUAUGGUGAAUAUCAUUCUAAGGAUUCUAAACUGCUUUGCUACAACUUAAUAACAAGGAUUGCCUUUAUAAUCGCCUUUGCAGAUAUGGGUGAUGUUAAGAAAGAAGAAAAUAAAAUUUUAAGUGCGAAAGUAGACUGUGAUACAAAAAAUAUAACAUUCAGUAUUGAAGAUUUAUCAACUGUUUUAACUAUCGACACCAUUUAUAUCGACGCGAGAAAACCAAAUGUGCACGAAUACAUUGGAGCACCACACUUGAAUUUCCACUUGCCUAAGGAUUUAUUUUAUCCCUUAGCCUCUAGUAAAAGUACAGGUAGCUUUAUGAAAUACCAAAUGAUAAUCUUAUGUAUAAGUAGUUUCAUAUAGUUUUGAAAUAAAAUAACUAUGUAA